AGGCCACAAGGGAAGACGUCUUGCAGCGAGAGACCAGCAAAUGACAGAAAAAGAAAAUUCAUUAUCUCUGACCUGGCCCUGGACACUGAAGGUAGGUAGAGCGGAGGGGAGGGAAAAGUUAAUUUCACGGCUUCUUAACAUUUAGCAAAAUUCAAUUGGUUUGUGGCCACCUGCACUCUUAAGCAAAAUCUAAAUCACAACACACUCACCUGUGAAGAUUGCGAAUAGCAUCUAUCAGUGGCUACAGACACAAAUUGAGUUGUUAUUAGCUACACACGUGCCUCUGAAUCAUCUAGCCAAGCCUCCAAUGGCACUCUAAGCCUAUCAGCCUGUCAUAGUGGAAGGAAUUGUGUCUGAAGCUUUUUUGUCGUGUUUUUUCUUCCCCUCCAUGAUUGUCCUCCAUUGUUUUAUUCUCCUAGAACUCUUCCAGGACCUCAGUCAACUGCAAGAGACCUGGCUGGCGGAAGGUAAGUGUUUACCCAUUUACUGUAGUGUCGAAGGUCAACAAGCUCACUUGGUUUGAAAGACAGAGUAAGAUAAUUGGAGAGAGGGAAAGGGAACGGUAGAGAUGUAGAAAAAAUCGGCCCCAAGUUACAUUCCUACUAACGUGCAGUCCAAUUAAAGCUUGUGUGGAAGAGGCACCUUGUGUGUCAUGCAUACAUUAGAGACUGUGAUGAGCGUGGUCUUGAGGGAGACUGAGGAAGCUCUACCCAGAGUGUCAUCACAAAUUACCAGGAGAAAGCUCUCCGCUGCUCACUGUCUCUUCUGCUUUUGGCAAGAGCUAACGCACGCAAGCCGCCACCACCGCACCACCUCCACCGGUCCUCUACCAUCUCCUCUCUCUCACUCACUCUCUAUCUCUCUCUCUUUCUUGCUCCCUCUCUCUCACACUCCCUCACUCAAUCUCUUUAUUUUCCUCUCAGUGCAUCUCUCUCUAAAGAUCAUCCGCUAUAGCUAUAGUAUCAGCUGUCCUUUCCAUUUCUUUAUUUUUCUUUUGGAAGAAAAAUAACGGAUUUACUUUUUACUUAGAAAAAUCAGUUGGUCUGUGAUCAGCAACAGAGAUUUUUUUUGAGAGUUUAUUUAUUUAUUGUUUAUUUAAUCAUUUUUUUUCUAAUGGCAAGAUUUGCUCUGUGUGGUAUAACUCAGACGUGAUGCUUCAGGAUUUAAGCGCGGGUGUCUUCUUUCCGCCCUGUUUGCAGCACAGGAGUUUUGGUUAGUAAAGAAUAUUGAUCAUAUUAUGCCUGUAACAUUUACGUAAGAUGCAUGUUUCAUGUGUUUGUGCAUGUCUAAGUUUGUAAACGUAUUAUUCUGCUAUUUGUAUCUACGUUUGUUCAUCUUCUCUUGAAUACCAUUUACAUAUUGAAAAUGCUUUCCUUCGCAUGGGACAUUUUUAUUAGUUUGCAAUGUUUCUUCCUUACAAUUGAUUGCUAAUAAGCUGCAAUAUGCGUUAACAGAAAAACAUGGCCUUUUAUUCUUUAAAACUUUUGUUGCUACAUUUAUGGAUGUUAUUAUUGCUUUGGUUACAUUUAGAGUGACCUAUAAAUUAUAAUAUACCGUAUGUCCAAUCUAUGUUAUUGGCAUUAGGUUUCAAAACAUUAAAUCACAAAUGUUCUGACUGAGUAAAUAGUGGUGUAAAUAUGAAGUAGGAUGUGGAUUCAACGUGUGAGUUCUUUGUAGCUUUCUAUAAAAGUAAUCCGCAUUACUUUUUAAUCAUUAUAAUUUCCAAUGUCAAUAUGAUUGUAUGCAUGCAUGACAAUUCUUGACAUUUGUACUUGCUGCCUGCUUAGGGACCAAAACAAGCCCACAACAUUUUGUGCUGUAUAAUUUGGGCCCAUCACCUUAACUCGUAUUGUAAAUGUACCAUGAGUUCCCUUUCUACACAUAGUAUAACAGCGUUUAUCUCUGUAUGUGGGACAUCCUUCUCAAUGCACUGCAUAUUUACUUUUCCCCUUAUAUGCUCAACACAUAGUUGAUUUAUGUGGACUGCAUUAUGGAAGAUAAAAACAUGCCAACAUCUUGUGUCAGCUAACUGUUUAAAACAAAUAUUGUUUUGGAUUAGAAUUAUGCUACAUUUGGUAUCAGUAAUGACAUCAUUCAUUUGUUGUUCAAUCUAUGUCAGUGUCAUGGCUUUUUUCCUUUGUUGGUCUCUCAAGCUUUGAGGGGAAUCAAUGUUUGAUGACAGGUUGACAUUUUGAUUAUUUAUAUUCAGACCACAUAUUUCAAAUUCAUAUAGAAAAAUGUGUAGUUAUCAUACAUUUUUUUGAAUAUUUUCUUCGGCUCUACUGUUGCACUAUAUUAGAAUUGAACAAGACAACCUGCUUAUUUAUCCAGUAGGCCUUAGUCUUUACUGGCAGAUGAUUAUAGUUGUAAUGUUAAGUGUACAGCAGAUCCUUAACUAAUAAUAUACUAAUUUUAUUAUACUCUAUCAACUUGAAUGUUUUUCUGGUAAGUUUUUUGAGGUUAUCUUAAUACAUUUUCCAAAGAGGUAGAAAAAUAUUGCUCAAUGCUUUGCACAGGUGGAUAGGCAACUUAAUCAUUGAUGAGAUUCAUCUAUUCUUUAAUACAUUUAAAAAUGCUUGCAGUGUAAUUUAGUGGUUUUAAAAAUGAGAAGUAUGCUUUGAAAUAGAUAUUGGAAUACUUUACCAGCUACUCUCUGCCAGUUAGAUUAUGAAGUAUAUACCGCAGGGCUUGUAAAAGAAUAAGACAUCGUUUUAAUAUUUAAGUGAGAGAAAAAAGCCCUUGGUUCCUGAUAUAGAUAUUACUGUAAGGAGUACAGUUCUGCCUGUCGUGGAUCAAUGUGAUGUACAUCUCAAGAUUUAAGUAGAUUUAAUAAAUGACUUCCUGUCCAUUUAAGAUAAAAAGGAAUACCUAGCUACCUAUUUCAAAGAUUUAUUAAUUCAGGUAAUUGGAAAUAAGAGGAGGAAUUAUGGGAGACGGACUGAAUUUCCGACAUCACAAACUGAGAGGUUGAAGGGUCCUUAACCUGGCCAUUUUGGCCAAGGCUUUUUUUUUCUCUCUUUUUGGGAGCUCUUCAAGUAUCAAUUUGACUUUGAGAUCUAUUCAGUGAGGUUACCACAAUUUUAGAAUACUGUAAUUUUUUGUAGUCUGGUCUAUUGAAUUCAACGUUUUAUAAGGAGACUGUAAAUCUUUUCCUCAACCCGUUCUUUUCAUCUCAGCCCUGUUGUUGGCGCACUAGCUAGAUUUGUUUGAAACCCAACACCAUCAGACACACAGCACUUGUAGGUACAGGAGGCCGAUGGUGUUGGGUUUCAAACAAAUCUAGCUAGCGCGCCAACAACAGGGCUGAGAUGAAAAGAACGGGUUGAGGAAAAGACAAAGGAUGUGCCACUACUACUCAGGGCCUGUGUAUGGGGCUUUGCUGUUUUUCUUUUCUCUCUUUUUUCUCUCUCCCUCUCUCUCUUUUUGUGAAUGGCGGCAGAGUUCCACUUUUGGUGCUCUCCCCAGGAAUUGUUGCAGGGAUCAGCUGGCCCAUUCACAGACUGGGUCCAGUGACUCAUACAUCCUGCUGCAGCUCCUUCUGGCUGCAAUAUCACUUUUCUCCCCCUCUCCUUUCGUUUCCGCCUGUCCGUCUCCAUUCUUCUUCCCCUCUCGCUUUGAACCUUGCGACUUUGUGAUGUCUGCAGUGCGCGUGUGUUACACAGUGCUAGCAAACUUGAGGUAGAAAGAAGUUGUACAUGGUUGUGGUGGAGACGUUGUUGUUUUAUUUUCUUUGAGUGGUCAGGCUUGCACUGGGUGAAUGUUUGCCAGUCAUGGUCUUGUGGUGGAGCCAGUCUUUUGAAUUGAGAGAAAGUUCUGGUCUGUAAUUAUAUAUAGUGGCUAGGUAUGACGUUAUUUUUCACUAAAGGGUGCUUUGUAUGAAGCGGUUCAAGUUCUUACAAUGGCCAUAUUGAUGCAGAAAUCACAGUGCACACCACACACCCUCAAGAGGGGGCUUGGCUGGCACAAAGAGUUGAAGUCAGCAGGUGCACAGGGUUUUACAAUUAUACUUCAGUUGCUGUUAUGUUGAUAUUUAUCACUAUACAGUAUUGCACCAUACAAUAUAAUUCAUAUUUCCUAGUGUGUAUCAGAACAGUGUACUGUAUUGACACUUGGUUACAGUGAACAUUAGUUCACACAAGGCUUGAUGUAAUAGUUUUUCAGUUGUUUUUACACCACUUAUUUUUCUAUUUUCUUGGAUUGUUUGUUCUCUCUCGUCAUUUCACACCAGAUAAAAAAAACGUCAAGAUCAUUUUGAAAGUGAAAAUACAGAAUUUGAUCAUGUCAUACAGACCUGCCUCAACAUGUUACUGAUUCAGUGAUAAUGAGAAUCCACCUCUUUGUGCUUAAAAAUAGACGCGCUAAUGACACAUUUAAAUCUCUCAUAUUGCCGUUUGCCACAAUUCUCCAAACUCGUCAAACCUCAGGGACCUAAAAAGUGCAAAUAUGUGUGAUAUAAAUAUGUACAUGCCUAAUUGGACCCUGUGCAGAGCCUUCAUUAUCUUAGCAUUAGCCGAAAGCACAGGAGUGUGAAUGAUAGGUGAAACACUCUGGAUUGGAAUAGAGCUAACUCGGCAGGUACAGGUGGAUUCAGCAGUGGGGAGGAGCCCAAUUAGCUACUGUUAACAAUUGGUGUUAUUGCUAUCGGCGUGGAGAUAGCAAACUCCUCCUGAAGCUACAGCCUAAUCAAAAAACAGACUAGACAACCAAUACAUUCUUUCUCCCUAGAGACCAUUAUUUUAGCUUUUAGCUGCUCCAUUUGCAUUCUAUUUGUCCAUCGGUGCAUUAUACAUUAGAUAAACAUUGGGAGGAUUCUACAGUUACAUUGCUUUGUUCAUGAAUAGAUACAUGUCCAUAAAGAGAUGUUUAAUGUCUUUAGAGGCUUUUCGCCAAAGGAAAGGAUUGAGACGGUUAGACUAGAUAUCAUUGUUUGGUGUUGUCCAUCGGCAUGAAAAUCACCUUUUCCUCUCCUCUCUGCUUCUUUCUCUAGCUCAAGUUCCCGACAAUGACGAGCAGUUUGUCCCAGACUUCCAGACUGAAAACUGUGAGUAUAUGAUGCCACAAUGUUAUUGUAUUUGUGUAUGCAUGUGUGAGUCUAUGUGUUUGUGUGUGUGUGUGUGUGUUUGCACUUGUGUGUAUGUGUGAGUGUGUGUUUUUCCAUGUCUCUCAGUACCCCCACAUUCACUCUCACAUGUGCUCUCCAGAGAGCUAGUCUUGCGGGUUGGCAGACAGGUGCAGAAGAGAGGGGGUGGAAGAGGUAGCUGUGAUAUUAUAGCACUGGGGUUUAUUUAUGUAGGAAAACAUAAAAAUAUUUGGAGUCAUUUGCAAUGAGUGAUAAUAAUCAGAUAGUGUUUAAUUUUUAUUUUAUUUUUCUCAAACUCAAUAUUUUCCAACAGGUUUUUAUCAUCUGAAACAAAGACAUCUUUGUAACUGUCAGUAUUUGUUGUGAUGGUUAUACUGGAAAAAAUCAAAUAUAUCGUUACUUAAAUGUAUUCAUUAGACAUUAUAAUGCACUUGGUGGUACAGUACAGUGAGCCUUUAAAGUGAGUGGAGACGAGGCUGUUGGCACAAUGUGGUUAUGAGUCAAGUCAGCCAGCGUGUAGACAGAACUGGAGUGAGUGGAGCUCAGUGGGAUCCAGUGCUAGCACAUGUCUUUCAGAUGAGACAAAAGGCCUAUGCAACAGUGAGAAAGCAGGAAACUGUGUCCACGCCCUUAGUGCUCUAUCUGUCUAUAAUAACCAUUACCUCCCUCUAUCACUCACAUGUUUGAUAUUCACCUCAGAAUAUUUUAUUCAUUUCACUACUUUUAUUUCUUUGUCUCAAGGAACUGUUUGGCUUUGAGGAACCACAGUGUGGUACAUAUCCACUAUAGGAUCCAAAAUGGUUGCACAGUAACAUCCAUAAGGUCUUGAGGUCACAGAAACCAUCCCCAUGUCCUUCAAAGCCAUCCAGGGCCCAUCAUGUCCGUUGUAGUAGGAGACUGCUGACCAUAGGAAAUGUCCUGUUGGCAUGCUGGACCAGACUGAAGAGAUACAAACAGAUGGUGGGAGGGAGGGCGAGGGCACCGUGGUUGGGCUCUCGAGCAGGCGUCCCAGCCUGCAGCACUCCAAUAUGGGUUUCACCAAGGAGAGAUAGAGAGAGAGAGAGGAUGGUGGGAUUGUUUAGAGGUCAAUAGAGGUAGAACGAGGUGUAUGGCAGUCACUUACAGUAUGAGGAAAUAGACAUUGAGAAUAGGUGGAAACGUGGAAAUAGACUUUGAGAACACUGUUAAUAUAAUCAGAUAUUUUUGACAUAUGUUCUUGCGCUUCAUAGAGAUGAAAGAAGCAUUCAUGUCCUCACUUUAUCACCUCACUUGUGGACAAUUUUUCCAGGUCCAUCGACCAUACUUAUCAUCAAAUUUGAAGGGGAAACUUCCACACACCAGCCAUUGAAUCUUCAGGCUGUGCACAUGGAGGAAAUAUUUUAUUUGUCAAAUACCUUCAAUGCUAGUGGUUUCCAAGCUCUCAUUAGCAUAACUUAGCAGGGUAUGAAGAAGUACUGUAGGUGGUGUAAAAUGAGACCACAUGUAAUCAGCGGAUAAGAGCUACUAACAUUUAACAUUAACAGUAAUGGCGAGCACUUACAGUUUGUGAAAAUUCGCAGGGUUUUUUCCCUGUUGCCAAAAAACAGAUAUUUUAUGAAUGGACUGGAGAAAUAUCUGCCAAAAGUAGACUUCACUGUAAAUGGCAAAAUACACAGUUUGCAACCCAACACACACAACUGUUGCCCUCAAGGGUGUUUUGUGGUAAUUAGGAAUGAUUGGAACCAAAAUGACAUUUCUUAGCUUGCAGCUAAUAUAGUGGCUGUAUUGAGAAAAUUCACUGUGAAUGGCAUAGCUGGUUGGGGGGUAUUUCAAAUAUUAUUUAAAUAAGGGAACCAAAAUAAUCAAUGAAAGAGAGUGUGUGCACUUACUUUGUGCACUGCAAAGCAUAAAGUCAGAGACAAAAUGCAAAUAGACUAAAAUCUGUAUUUAAAAAAAUCUAUGAUCAAACGGUUGUUUUGAACCAAAUGUAUGCUUUGGUUUCUAAAUAAGGAAUAGCUAUAAACAAACACUAGUCAUUUGUUAUCAAAAUGCAAUUAAUGUGGGCAAGCAUAACACAUAUUCAUUUGUGUACAGAAAACCAGCCAAAUAAGUCAUAAAUGCUUGUUCUUAAAAAACACAGUCAUUUAUAAAUCAAUCUGUAGAUAAUCACAGCAAUUUAACAUUGAUGGACCUGACAUUCUAAAAAGGGAUUCAUCUGUUCUAGUUACAGGUGAUGUCUUCCCUAUUGAUUGUUGUACCUUGGCACCCAACUGAUAAAUCUAUUGUGACAUUUCCAUCUCUAUUUUAGGUGCCUCUCUUAGAGCGCAUGAGCUAUUCUUAACAUUGUAGCUCAUUCAGUUCAUGUACAUAUUAACUUACUAUGUUGUAUAACAAAUACAUAAUUUCAUAAUGCAUAAUUAUGCUGAACAAAAUAUAAACGCAACAUGCAACAAUUUCAAAGAUUUUACUGAGUUACAGUUCAUAUAAGGAAAUCAGUCAAUUGAAAUAAAUUAAUCAGGCCCUAAUCUAUGUAUUUCACAUGACUGGGCAGGGGUGCAGCCAUGGGUGGGCCUUGGAGGGCAUAGGCCAUCCACUUGGCAGCCAGGCCCCCCCCACCUCAGACAAUCCCGCAGGUGAAGAAGCCGGAUGUGGAGGUCCUGGGCUGGCGUUCUGCGGUUGUUAGGCCGGUUGGACAUACUGGCAAAUUCUCUAAAACAACGUUGGAGGCAGUUUAUGGUAGAGAAAUGAACAUUAAAUUGGCAACAGCUCUGGUGGACAUUCCUGCAGUCAGCAUGCCAAUUGCACGCUCCCUCAAAACUUGAGACAUCUGUAGCAUUGUGCUGUGUGACAAAACUGCACAUUUUAAAGUGGCCUUUUAUUGUCCCCAGCACAAGGUGCACUUGUGUAAUGAUCAUGCUGUUUAAUCAGCUUCUUGAUAUGCCACACAUUAUCAUGCCAUUAUCAUGCCAUUAUCUUGAUAAAGGAGAAAUGGUCACUAACAGGGAUGUAAACAAAAUUUGAUUUGAAUUUGAAUUUGAUUUUUUUAUUUUAGCUCAUGAAACAUGGGGCCAACACUUUACAUGCUGCAUUUAUAUUUUUGUUCAGUGUAUGUCCAUUGAUAAAUACAUGUACAUCAUAAAACAGUAAACAACUUGUACCUUUAGCUUCUCGAUAGUGAAAUGAACAGACACAAUCAUCACAAUAAGUCUCUGCUACUUAUUGUCCCUCUUGUCAUAAGCCUUUAAUUAGCCAGAUAAGGCUGCAGCCUCUGUGUCUGCGACGCCUGUGACGCCGUUCGACCUCGUCAAAGGUCUCCCUCAGGAAGUACCACUUUGACCUCCGAUCGAUGACCCGUAAAGGUCGCGCCCCACUGAGGCCAGGGAGACCUGUGAACAUCCCCUGUGCUUUGCCACAACGUGCCCCGUGCAUCAGUCCCCUGGGACCCAGGCGUCAGAUGGGGUGUUGACAGAUCGACUCAUCCACACAAAGAGACUGUGACACUGUCACACAGGGCAAGCUGUCAGUCAGCAGUGAGAAACUCAAAACAUCCGCUUCUCUCAGCUCCUCAACCCCUAAACUACUUCCUCAGUCAUCAGCCCCGGAAUGGACUUGUUUUACAAGGCCCAUUCAAGAAAAACAUACACUGGGCUGGCAAUCCCCCAGGUAGACAUUUUAGCAUGGUUCUAGCCCUAAAUAACCAGAGAAAAGACAAGCAAUUUUAUUUUUUUGUUUAGGUUUUCACUUCCCUUCAAGAUCGGUCUGAUGCGGAUUUUGAAAUGAAGAUUGACACACCUCUUCCUGUCAACUGUAAUGAGGAAAUGAUUGUGCCCUAUUCUCUGCAUAAGUAAAGCACUUUGGGUUUAUACUCUCCUUAGUAGUUGUGCGUGUGCCUGGUGCAACUGUGUGUGCAUGUUUGUGCACGUUCAUAGCCUAUGUGUGUUUAUUAGCGGUGACACGCUAGCUCUCCAGGUACCCAGGACUGACUUCAUCCUGACUGACUUGGUUUUCAUCAGCGUGGCCAAUUGAAUUAGUGUUGAUCAUGACUCAAGAUGAUGGGACGUUAAUCAGGACUGAUUUGGCACUUAACAGCUUCUUAAAUGCACAGGCCACUGUGGGCAACUGGGCAUAGGUACAGAGAGUGGGCUCAGAUCAAUGGGCCUUGUUGUUGUUGUCUGGACAGUAUUGGCAGUUAGCUGAAACAUGAUAGGGAUUUAGUGGAGUCUAGACCUGCUUUGAGAUUGUCAUAUUUCAUGAAGGAAGAGAUUCCCAUUGUGAGUUACAGUGAGUGAUGAAGACUGGGAUUCUGGACUAGAUAUUCCCGGCCCUGUCCUUAGGGACAGCAGUGGUGUACGAUGAAGUGCUGGACAUGCUUUUAUGUAUACCUAUUACCCAAGUGUCGAAUAAGGAUGUUUUAUAUGGUGGAAGGGCCUUCAGAAUAGGUUUACUUUCCAUGGUGAUAUGACUAUUGUACAUUUGGACAUAUAGAGUACUGAUAAAUAAUGAAUUAGUUACUGAAUAAAUGUUUCAACAUCACCUAUCUAAUGUACCUUUCCACCUGUCUCCCCUCCCUCCCUCCCUCCCUCCCUCCCUCCCUCCCUCCCUCCCUCCCUCCUUCUCACACAUACAUGUCAUAGUAGCAUUCCACGGACUGCAGCUGAAGAUCAAGAAAGAGCCCCACAGCCCCUGCUCCGAGCUGGGCUCCACCUGUAACCAGGAGCGGCCCUUCAAACUCCACUAUGGGGAGAAGUGCCUGUACAACAUCAGGUAGGUAAGCCACAGCACCAGCCUCAGCUUGAUAAAAUAAGUAUUAACAGGUUGAAAACAUCAGAGUUCUCUGCAUCAGCCAGUAUGAUAUCAGAUGCGGUUCCAUUUUUCCCAGUCUGGAACCAACAGUGCCAGAUUGCACACAAAGAAAUAGACUAACAACCAAAAAUGAACACCAUAGGUUUUGGUGAUUUGGAAAAUAUCCUGUGGGAUAUUGUAGUAUUUAUUUUACCUGUAGUGACACUCACAAGGAUUCUGCAGGUAAAUGUGGUUUGAUGAAAAAAAAUAUGAAAACACACUUUGUACAGUCUUUUUUCAUCUCCACGGGCUGUCUAAUAUAUCUCCACACUGUUGGAUGGAUAAUGACUACUUCAUUAUGAUUGCUUGAUAAACUACAGUACUUCUGGCUUCCCACUCUGUUUUCAAUGUUGUAUUACUUCCUUCCAUUUUGAGAAUUCAAGACAUUGGAAUUGCAGCCAUUCCCUAUGAAACAAAAGGCCAGGUGCUGUGCAAAAUGUUUCAAGUGGGAUGCACUUGACUUGGGGAAAUCUACGAUAAUAUACUGUCUACCUAAGGUGCAAGUUCAAUUAAAUUCAAUUAACUGCUUUUUUCAAAUGAACCAAAAUGCCCAUGGCACAAGAGUUGCCUAGUUACAUUAAAUCUUGAAUUUAUUUGACUUGUGAUAUAUGGCAUUGUGAUAUAUGCUUAUGAUAUUACAGUACCAUGUACGUCAAGGAUCAUCUUGAAGAAGUAUUCUAGAAGAGGUGACACAAGACUAUUUGAAACCCUCAACAUACGCAAAAAUAUAUAUUUUUUUAAAGAAGGAAAAUGUGUCAGAAUUCAAAUUCGUCAAGCUUUUGGUCAAAAUGUAUUCUGAGCCUAUGUCAAAAAAGUUUUAAAACUGUCAUUUUGACAAUAACUAUUAAAUAAAAAAAGAUUGACAGCGUUCAAAUACUAGGCCACACUACAAUGGCUUCUGUCAAAUGACAUGCAUGGAUAUAAUCUAAAAACAACAAGAGACUGAUCCCUCCACCCCGUGUGUCUCUCAGUGCCUACCAGCAGCACAAACACCCCACAGGCAUGAAGCCCUCCAGCCCAGCGACACCCCCCUGCAGCACCCCCGUGUCCCCCCUUCAUCAUGGCUCCCCCACGGCCGUCCCCACCCCUAAACCAGAUAGGACGUACCCCCACCUCCAGCCCUCCCAGCCCCUCCCGGACAGCGCCUACUCCAUGGACCACAGGUACUGUGCUACACAGCUACUGUAUACUGUAGGCUACCACUACAUCCUCUUUAAAAUGUCACUAACAAAACAUUAUUGACAUAGUUUCAAGUGCACAUUUGACGUUUAUUUGAUCAUUUUAGUACAUUCAGUACAGUUUACCAGAAUCUAGAUGUACCAUUCUAAUUAGACACAACGGGUUGUAUACAUUGUUAAGGUUUAAAAAUGUGCCUUUCUGUCAGUCCGUCUGUCUCAAUCAGUUAUCAUGAAAAUGAGUGAAAAUAUUUGUGACAGAUUUCGACGUCAGCUGUCGGAGCCCUGUCCACUCGUUCCCUUCCCCACCGGCGAUGUCUCGGGAUGGAAGGCCCAUGUACCACAGACAGAUGUCUGAGCCCAACAUCCCAUUCCCCCCACAAGGCUUCAAGCAGGAGUACCCCGACCCCCUGUUUGAGCACCCUGCCAUGGUGGGGGCCCCCAUCCCCCACACGUACCCCCCCUCCAUGAUGAUCAAACAAGAGCCCAGGGAUUUCACCUAUGACUCAGGUGAGUGGGUGUGUUGGGUGUCCUCUUCUUUUUGGGGGGAGGAGGUGGUUGUCAGAGAGAUACAGUAAAAUAUGUUGUGUUUAAUAUUGUGAUGUCAUUAUGUCAUUGUAACUGGUAUUUGGUAUUUUAUUAGGAUCCCCAUUAGCUGUUACGAAAGCAGCAGCUACUCUUCCUGGGGUCCACACAAAACUUGAAACAUGACAUAAUACAGAACAUUAAUAGACAAGAACAGCUCAAGGACAGAACUACAUACAUAGUCUACAUAUCAAAACAUACAGCCUGCAGGACUUGCUUUGUGGAGUGUGGUGUCAAAAAAGCAGAACAUCUCUUUAUUACGGACAGACCUCUCCCCAUCUUUACAACCAUUGAAUCUAUAACUAGGGUAAGGACUGUAAAGAAAUGUAGCCUGCUGUAUAUUUAUAUUUUAGUGUCCACCAUUAGAGAAAUAUGACAAAUUCAACCAAAGAACACUCUUUUCACUCAAUAACAUAACCAAAUACUUGUGCAUUUGGAACCACCACAGCAUCAAGCCACACUCUUUUUAAUCAAACCAGAUAGUUGUCAUUUGAGGAAUGAGCAUGUUGAUUGGAUUAACCCAUUAUUAGCGCAGGGGGUUCUGGUUUGGGUGUCUGUGCCGGGAUCCAUUUCCUGUGGUGCACUAAUGUCUGUGCCUGGUCACAGUCCGCCCCCGCAGAAGGGGUGGUGGGGGGGUUAUAAUCCGGGUCCCAGAGGCCGGAGGCCUGAGGCCACGCCAGGGCAUGAAUGAAUGAACCUGCACUGGACUGCUGGCUUCAUUCAUAAGAUAGAGCCAAGGAGAGAUUACUGUGGAGUGGUGUAAUAGUGUGCCCAGUCAGAGUGGAAUGUGGCGUCCACUCUGCUGCCUCCUGCAGAGAAAGAUUUCAAUAUAAACAGCACUGAGCUCCCUUUGAGUUAGCCUUCUCUCUGUAACAUGAGCCCUUUUCAACAGGGGCAUGUUCAUAAGAGCACGCAACAGAAAACAAAUGUUUCUAUAUCCAGGUAGUCCUCACUAUUUACAUUUUAGUUAUUCAGCAGACUCUCUUAUCCAGAGUGACUUACAGUAGUGAGUGCAUACAUUUCCAAUACUGGUCCCCGGUGGAAUGGAACCCACAACCCUGGCGUUGCAAGCACCAUGCUCUACCAACUGAGCCACACUGGACAGUUUAUUUCAGUCUGUUUUCUUCAGUUUGGUGCCUAAUGAACACUACCCUGCAAACAUUUACCCAGGUUUCCAUGUUUCUCAAUGGCAUGGAUGAACUGAGGGAGGAGGCCUUUUCCAGCAUCUUUUCUAUACCAGAUUGACCAUUUAGGGGAAUUUAUUAGCAGUCAUUCUGCAGCUUGUUUACUAGAACAGGCCUGUUGAGAGGAUGGGAAGGGAGCCUGGUAAUUUUAUUAGAAGUAAUUUCCUCCACAAGUCCAUUACUUUGAUGAAGUUCAGAGAAAUGUUGAUGGCCCUAAAUUAACGGGGUUAGUCAUUUUAUUGAACAUUCACUUUGUAACUGUUUCUGCCCUUUGAUUGUAACCAGCAUCUGUAAUGUUGUAGGAGGCCCAGACAUAUACAGUAUAGUAUUAUACUGUUGUAAAUAGUACCAGUGAAACAAAGCCAUCACAGCCAUCAUGCUUCACUGCUGAAGAAACAGAACAAGCAGAAAACAUGCCCAAAAUGUUAUGCUACAUUUACUCCAAUGCUGCUAAUAGGUUAUCCUGAGCUUAGCCUAGACUGUGAUAUUACACUGUUCAGUACUAGUGUAAUAUUGUACACUUACUGUUGGCUGAGCUCCAGUGUGAUGCUAGAAGACAUGUUCUUUAAUCAGGGGCAGUGGUGCAGUGAGUGAGCAGUAACUGACUGCUCUCAGAUAGCUGAUACUGUCCUAAUGCUCCCUUAAGGGCUUCUAACACCCAUUCUUCUCUGUCUCCAGCAGAAGUGCCUAGCUGCCAUUCUGUCUACCUGAGGCAAGACGGCUAUCUGGCUCACACCAGCAGGACUGAAGGUGAGGGAUGACACUUGGAGAUAUGCAUGUUGGUUGGGUUAUUCAUCCUGUUCAAGUUGCCGUUUUCCUAAUGUGAUUUCUCAACACUGUCUCGUCUCUCAGGCUGCAUGUUCGAUAAAGUCACGAGACAUUUCUACGACGACACCUGCGUGGUCCCCGAAAAGGUUGAAGGUGAGUCGUCCAAGAGUCGUCACAUAAACCUAAACUGCUGCUUUCACUUGUAAUUUCAAUCAAAGACAUUUUAAGUAAUUAAAACGUGAAAUGACAUCCUCCUCCCUCCAUCCCCCCGUCCCUCCAUCCCUCCACUAGGUGAUAUAAAACAGGAGUCAGGUCUGUACCGUGAAGGUCCAACCUACCAGCGCAGAGGAUCUCUGCAGCUCUGGCAGUUCCUGGUGGCACUCCUGGACGACCCGUCCAACUCUCACUUUAUAGCCUGGACCGGCCGGGGUAUGGAGUUCAAACUCAUCGAGCCAGAGGAGGUGAGAGCAUGUCUGUCUCAUCAUAUUCCACAUAGAGUAUCUUAGUCCCUUCCAUCUAAGGCCAUGAGGUGUUGCUGCAUACGUGAGCUUGACUGAAGUGUGAACUGAUCACAUCGAAACCUUACAGGAUGCUCUGAUCAGUUCAUACACCCAAAACGGGUAGGUUCGUUAAUCAACGUCUGGGCUGUGGCCACCUACCUGCAGAAGCACAGGUCAUGUCCGUAGCGUCAGUAAAAACUGUUCGCUGGUUGGACGCCUGUGUGUGUGUGGAACAGCUCCCUCACGACGCCAGGACAGGGAUCACCACCACUUCCGGAGACACUUCAACCCACUCGUUGAAGGAAUACUGGGAUUGGGUGACGUAAUCUUCUACCCCUUUCACCCCAGGGACAAGAAGAAAACAUAGGGGUAAGUGGUUGUCCACUGGCAAAGGGAAGCACAAUAUAAGUCGCUGGUUUAGAGCGUCUGACUAAAUGACGUAAAGUUAAAAUUAGCCUUAAAGCAACAGACCAGAGUUUUCUGAUCAUUGAUGUGAAUUUGAGGUGAAAUCUGCUCUUCAAAGGGUCAGAAUAACAUGUUAGGAAAUGUUUGAACUAAGCAAUGUACCGUACUGAAGUUCCUUUUUUAUUGCCCCACCACGUGCUAAAAGUAUGUAAUCUGAUCAAAUCAAACACACUGUCAACCGGAGAGUGGCCUACUAAAUAUUUAAAUGAACCUGUUCCUAAAAAUAUAAACGGUGUUGACGGUUCGGCCCUUUGAAAUGGAACAGGUCUGGGUUUGUGCUCUUACAUAGCAGACAGAGAGGCACGGUCAAUGUCCGGUGUGUUGGUAGGGUAAUGGUUAGAGGAGUGUGUGUGUGUGUGUGUGUGUGUGUGUGUGUGUGUGUGUGUGUGUGUGUGUGUGUGUUGGGGGGGUAACUUGGCAUCAGUCCACAUGGCCCAACUCAGUGGGACCAGCCAGCUGCAGCGAACAGGGGGGCCAUUCAUACCAUCAGGUGACCAAAACGCGCUUACUUUGGGCUUUGGGUGGCCGUAAAUUCUGCCUUUGGCCCGGGCAGGUGUAUCACAUGAAUGAGCAUGAGGACAUGAAAGUGGGUGCAACGUUUUUAGUGUUGGGUCCAGGCAGAGAGAGAGAGAGAGCAAAAUAGAGAGAGAGAUUGAGAGGGGGUUAGAGAGAGGGAGAGAGAGACAGGGUUAGCGAGAGAGAGAGAGAGAGAGAGAGACAGGGUUAGAGAGAGAGAGAGCGAGAGAGAGAGAGAGAGAGAGAGAGAGAGAGCUGUACACAGAGUAGGAGUAGGGCUUUAGAAUGGAGGAUGUGAGGGUGUGUGGUCUGGUAGACAGGUGCUGUAACAUCUGCUGCCUGCUCCACUGGGUGGGUGACAAGUUCCUAAUGAACACAUCCCUGUUAAGGGGUGUGGAGUCUGGAUCCACUCUAAUUGCUGUUAUUAGGAAAUAUGGAUUAGUAAGCUUUGACAUUUAGACAACGUCAUUGCAUUCUUACUGGGAAGUUGUGUAACAGGAAGUGUGUUAUGUUGUCAGCUCUUAUUAUGGAUAAGGAAUAUUUUACAAGACUAAUGCCACAAAUCUGUACAAAACAUAAUAAAUGUGAUAUUUCUAUGACAUUUUGGUUCUAAUAAUGAACACCAUGACCAUUUCCCCUUUGUGUCUGUCUGUUAAUGUGUGUGUGUGUAACAAAGGUUGCACGUCGAUGGGGAAUCCAGAAGAAUCGACCAGCUAUGAACUAUGACAAACUCAGCCGAUCGUUACGCUAUUACUACGAAAAAGGCAUUAUGCAGAAGGUAAAAGAGGCCUAAGGCUGCACCCUGACAAGAGACAUAUGACAAUGUUUCUGCGUUUGAUUAGCUGUAAUACCUUCUUCUCCAUAGUCAACCAUGUGCUCUGACAAAUGUCCCUUUGGGGACAAUAAAGUUAAUCUGAUUUUAUCUCAUCUAAUCUUAUCUUAUCUCCAGGUGGCAGGGGAGAGAUACGUGUACAAAUUUGUGUGCGACCCCGAGGCUCUGUUCUCCAUGGCCUUCCCUGACAAUCAGCGGCCCGUGCUGAAGACGGACAUCGAGCGGCAGAUCAACGAGGAGGACACAGUGCCGCUGUCACACUUUGACGAGAACAUGACCUACGUGCAGGAGGCGGGGCCCUACUGCAACCCGCCACACCCGUACAGCGAGGGUUACGUUUAUUAA